UCGAAAUCAUUGAAAUUACUUUCAAGUUUCCCCAAACGGGGCACGCCCCCUUAUUUUCUUCUCCCCUCCUCUGCAAAUUUUAAUUUUACAAUACAUUUAUGCAUUCUUAUGUGUAUUUGCAUAAAAUAAAAAGAGAGAGGAGGAAGAAGAAGAAGAGGUGGAGAAAAUUGAAGACUCAACCCUUAGAUAUUUCCAUACACAUUGACUUUAAUCUUUUCAAUCCUUCUCUUGCCCUGUACAAAUAUGUUUAUUUAUUACAGAAAUACCUUUUAUACAUAUGUCACAAUUUCAUUAUCUCUGGAAUAGAGUAACUUAGGAUCAAAAUCAAUAAAAAAGAAGAAAAGAAAAUUCCUAUUUAGAUUUAAUGCAUUUUCCAGCAAUAUACCUUGAAAAUGUCACGUUCAUCUCCUUAAUUUUCUUUAUCUUUCUGUUGUCUCCUUCUCUUUGUGAUCCAAGAACUUCUGUUGCUAAUAUUUCUUGUAAACCUCGUACAAAUGUGUCAAUUAAAAGCGAUUUAUUCCCAAAAUACAUGGAAAUCAUGGGAACUCUCAAUGAUUUCAUUUCUGAAAAUAAGUCAGCAACAUAUUCCUUGAGCUCUACUUCACCUGAUAUAUAUGGAUUAGCGAAAUGCCAUAACGAUCUUUCUCAGGACGAAUGCAAACUCUGUUUCGUCGAAGCUAAAGAUAAGCUCAACACAUGCAUUCCUGCACCUGGUGGCUCUGUUUACUUAGACGGUUGUUUUCUCAGAUAUGAAAAUUAUGAUUUUUUCGACGAGAGCGUGCAGAAGAAUUCUUCUAGUUUUGUUUGUGGUGUUCCAACAGAUAUAACGAAUGAUCAGUAUAUGAAGAGGGAUUUUGCAGCAAGAGUGGAUCGUGCAAUUGCGAAUGUCACGAGCAUGUCGAUAGUAAAUAAAGGAUUUGGGGCAACGAUUGUGAAAAGUGGGCUGCUUGCUGUUUAUGCAUUAGGCCAAUGUUGGGAUUCAUUGGACGUGGAAAUAUGUACUAAGUGCCUGAAUAAUGCUGCAGAUAUGAUAAGAAAAUGUUUACCUGCUGCAGAGGGAAAAGCAAUGAAUGCUGGUUGCUAUUUGAGAUAUUCUUCUAAUAAAUUCUUCGGUGAUGGAGCACUAGUCCUCGCUGAUAAAGGACCAACGAAGCGUAAGAAUAUAUGGAUAAUUGCAGCGAUUGUAUUAUUGACUAUCUUGGGAAUAUUUGCUAUUUUAGGAGCUUUUUUAGGCUAUAGAAGAUAUUCUAAGGAGCAAGGAGGUACAAAGAGGGUUCAUAAGAUUCCGCGGGCUCUUGAGACAUCGAAACUAAAUUUCAAGUACGAAAUGUUAGAAAAAGCAACAGGCAGCUUUGAUCCCUUAAACAAGUUAGGCCAAGGGGGAUCAGGUUCAGUAUAUAAAGGGAUUCUUCCUGAUGGAAAAACUGUUGCUGUCAAAAGAUUAUUGUACAAUACGCGCCAAUGGGCAGAGGAUUUCUUUAAUGAGGUCAAUUUGAUCAGUGGUAUUCAACACGAGAAUGUUGUGAAACUCUUGGGUUGUAGCAUAGAAGGACCAGAGAGUCUUCUGGUUUUUGAUUUUGUAUCUAACAAGAACCUUGAUCAAGUGCUUUUUGAUAAGAACAAGCGUCAAUUUUUGAGCUGGACGGAGAGGUUUCAAAUCAUAUUGGGAAUAGCAGAAGGGCUUGCAUAUCUGCAUGAAGGAAGCAAAGCAAAGAUAAUCCAUAGAGAUAUUAAGAACAGUAAUAUUUUAGUUGAUGAACAACUCAUCCCAAAAAUUGCUGAUUUUGGACUUGCUCGACGUUUUGCUCCCCAUAAAACUCAUGUCAGCACUGGAGUUGCAGGAACCUUGGGAUAUCUAGCUCCUGAGUAUCUUCUUCAAGGAUGUUUAACAGAGAAAGCAGAUGUUUAUUCCUUCGGUGUGGUGGCUAUAGAGGUCGCAUGUUGUAAAAAGAACAACGUCUUUGUGAGUGAUUCCGGAUCAGUUCUACAAUCUGUGUGGAGAAACUACAAGUUGAAUAAGAUUACUGAGUCCAUCGACAACAGGCUGAUGAGUGAUUUUCAAGAACAGGAGGCAUCACGCGUGCUUCAACUAGGGUUAUUGUGUACACAAACCAGAAGAUUUUCGCGACCAUCUAUGUCUCAAGUGGUAAGAAUCCUAAGAGACAAAGAAACUGAAGUUCCGGUGCCUAUGCAACCUCCGUUCCUAAACUCAAGUUUACUAGCUCCUCCAGAUACAACAACUAGGUCUUCCGUAACUAAAGAUAGUUUGUGCUCAGAAUGGUAUUCUACUGAUGGAAUGUCUAUUCAUUCUUCUGAGUUUGCUAGCCUAUCUAGCUCUCAAUCAAGUGAUUUUUCGACGAGUGAAAGCAGUAGACUUCUGAAAAUACCUUGAGAUUUUGGUUGCCAUUAUUCAUGGAAUUACAUUAGUCCUCUCCAGGGCAAUGAAUCAAGAUCAACGAUUUAGAAUCAACCCCUAUUUUGCGCGUAUGUAAACAUUCAGAUCUGUGACUUGUAAAUCACGUGUUGGUUUCAUUGGUCUAACUGUAACUACAAUUCAAGAGGAUGAAAUAGAUUGAAUCAAUAGAGCUGUGUAUGGGAAUGUACAUUGCCAGUACUGGAAAAUGCAAUUCAGUGUCUUGUCCUGAUAUAAUGGUCUUAGUAGUUGAUAGCUACUCAGAGGCAAAAGACCAGUAUUGUCUUUCAACAAACAGAAAAUACAUGGUGUGAUAGAGGCAUAAAACAUG